AUGCCCCUCGCCUUCACCUCCGGCUCGCUCUAUAACGAGCGCAGCUUUUGCAAUGCCAUUCUAUUUCUCUUCGGUGUCCUCACCUUGUGGCUCUACCGUACCUGGAAGAAGCAGUCGCAUGUUCCUGGGCCAUUCAUGGCUUCUAUUUCGAACAUCUCACGUUUAAUUUGGGCGCGCUCGGGCAGGGCACAUGAGACUCACAUUCAUCUUCACGAGAAGUAUGGGUCACUCGUCAGGCUCGGCCCGAAUUCCGUUAGUGUGGGAGAUCCUCGCGAAAUCUCCAAGAUGUACGGUAUUCGCUCGAAUUUCGGGAAGUCUGACUAUUACAAAGCUCUCCAGCCGAUGUCGAAGGGCAAAAUCAUUCAGGGUCUUUUCAACACGCAGGAUGACCAACUGCACCGUUCCAUGAAGAAACCCAUUGCGGGGAUCUACUCCAUGAGCAACCUCGUCAGCUUCGAGCCUUACGUCGACUCCACCAUCAGCUUUUUCUUGGAGCGUCUUGAGGACGCGCAAGGAGAAGCGAAUGGGCGAAUAGAUCUAGGUACCUGGUUGCAGUGGUUCGCAUUUGAUGUGAUGGGCGAAAUCACAUUCAGUAAGCGACUGGGCUUUCUGGACGAAGCCAAGGAUGUGGAUGGUAUCAUGCGUUCUAUCUGGAAAUUGUUCCGGUAUUCCUGCUGGGUUGGCCAAAUGCCAUGGCUGGAUAAGAUCUGGGCCAAGAAUUCAUUUGUGAGUCGCUUACUGCCGGCGAAGAACUCACCAGUCGUCAUGUUUGCUCUCGAGCGAGCACAGGAAAGAAUAGCCGAGAAGCUGUUGCAGGGUUCUGACAGCCAGGAAGCGGCUUCUUCGUCAGGGUAUAAUUCGAACGAUUUCAUGUCGCGCUUCCUGGCCACCCGAGUGAAAGACCCGAGCAUUCCCGAGUGGUUCGUGACCGCAUGGACGACAUCGAAUGUGCUGGCUGGCAGCGAUACGACCGCGAUCAUGCUCCGAGCUAUAAUCUACUUCCUGAUCACGAACUCGGCCAGCCUCCAAAAGCUCGAACGCGAGCUGGGGCAAGCCCGGAGCCAGGGUCAAUUAUCUGACAUCGCCACAUGGAAGGAAUCCCGCAACCUGAGGUACCUGAAUGCCUGCGUGAAGGAAGCAGGACGGCUGCAUCCAGCCAUCGGGCUGACGUUGGAGCGGGUGGUGCCGCGUGGCGGCGCCACGAUCUGUGGGCAAUUCUUUGAAGAGGGGACCAACAUUGGCAUGAACCCUUGGGUAAUACAUCGAAACAAGGAGGUUUUUGGUGCCGACGCCAACCAUUGGAACCCGGAUCGCUGGUUGGACACCGAUGCGGAGCGGGUGACGCUCAUGGAGAAUUGUCUUCUGACGUUUGGAUCCGGGAGUCGGACGUGCAUCGGGAAGAAUAUCUCGUAUCUGGAGAUCUAUAAGCUCAUUCCGACUAUGUUUGCGCGAUAUGAGAUUCAACUAUGGGACCCGACACGGGAGUGGAAAAUCGAGAACUCGUGGUUGGUGGUUCAGAGCGACUUCUUCAUAAAGCUGGAGCGACGAAAACCUCAUCUGUGA